AUGGCUUCGCGAUUUGUUGACGCCGGUUCUGUUGACGACUUUAUUUUGGAACAGGAGAACAAGAGCACGGCGCAAAAAACACAGCGUGAUGUUAAAUUAUUACAACUAUUUUUGGUGAACAAGAACGAAGAAAGAAACAUUGAGGAUAUCCCGAUAGGAGAACUAAACGAAUACAUGUCUGACUUUAUAAUUUCGGUCAGAACCAAAAACGGAAAAGAAUACGAGCCAUCUUCUCUUCGGAGUUUACUGGCAAGUUUCGAGCGGCAUCUUAAGAAGAAAAACUACCCUGCUAGUAUUAUCAAUGACUUGGCAUUCGAAAAGACAAGAAAAACUCUCGAGUCCAAGCAAAAACAAUUAAAAAAACAAGGAAAAGGAAAUAAACCAAACGCUUCUGUGGCUUUAACUACUUCGGAACUAAAUACGUUGUAUGAAAAAGACCUUCUCGGUACACGAAGUCCUGAGUUGCUUUUAAACACACUCUGGUUGAAUAACACUAUGCAUUUUGGACUCAGAGGUUGCAAAGAACACAGAGACAUGUGUUGGGGCGAUGUUAAGUUGAAGCAAACAGCAGACGGUGAGGAAUUUUUAGAAUUUAAUGAAAGACAAACCAAAACAAGAACCGGUUCAGAUUGCCGUGAUGUCAGAAAAAUGGCGCCUAAAAUGUUUGCUACUGAUGGGUCGGAAAGAGAUCCUGUCGUGGUCUACAAACUUUAA